AUGCCUCGUCUAAGCGCUUUGGCAAUCAUUUUCUUAGUGGUCUUGGCCUCAUUUGCGGCAGCUUCAGAAAGCAGAAAGCUUUUGGACAUGAAGAAGCAGGAUGGCGAUGGCCAGUACAGGAAGAGAGUGGCUUCUCUGUUUCUAGGUGCCCUUCCGAAGGGCACAGUGCCCGCUUCUACACCCAGCAAGAAGGGCCACGCCGUCGUCAUCAACGAGAAGCUCAUUGCUCGCCAUCUCAGUAGCAACGAUCGGAUUCUGGCGCAGGCUGUUCCCAGCCCCGGUGUUGGCCAUUGA